AUGCCGUCGGUUUCGAAAACGGCGGCGAGCGCUUCUCCUCAAACCGAGAAACCAACCCACUAUACAUAUUUGAAGGAGUUCAGGACCGAGCAGUGCCCACUGUUUUUGCAGCACAAAUGCACACAGCACAGACCCUUUACGUGUUUCCACUGGCAUUUUCUAAACCAGCGAAGACGGAGACCCGUCCGGAGACGGGACGGGACUUUUAACUAUAGCCCCGAUGUAUAUUGCACGAAGUAUGAUGAAACAACAGGAAUAUGCCCUGAUGGAGACGAUUGCCCUUACUUACACCGGACCACCGGUGACACAGAACGCAAGUACCAUUUACGCUACUACAAGACCGGCACCUGCAUCCAUGAGACAGACGCUCGUGGACACUGUGUGAAAAACGGACUCCACUGCGCCUUCGCUCAUGGACCUCAUGACCUACGGCCACCAGUUUAUGACAUAAGAGAGAUCCAGGCACAAGAAGCUCUACAGAACGGCCAAUUAGGAUCUGGGGAGGGAAUUCCUGACCUGCAGCCAGGUGUGUUGGCCAGCCAAGCCAUGAUUGAGAAGACCCUGAAUGAGGACCCCCGCUGGCAAGACACCAAUUUUGUUUUGGCCAACUAUAAAACAGAGCAGUGUACCAAGCCUCCACGUCUAUGCAGGCAGGGCUAUGCGUGUCCUCACUAUCACAAUAGCAGAGAUAGGAGAAGAAAUCCCAGAAAGUUCAAAUACAGGUCGACACCAUGUCCCAGUGUAAAACAUGGCGAUGAAUGGGGCGAACCCUCAAAAUGUGAGAGCGGGGACAGCUGUCAGUACUGCCACUCUCGCACUGAACAGCAAUUCCACCCAGAGAUAUACAAAUCUACUAAAUGCAAUGACAUGAGGCAAACUGGAUACUGUCCAAGGGGGCCAUUCUGUGCUUUUGCACACGUGGAAAGAAUUCCUUCCACAGAUGAGACCAUGAGUACGUUGCUCACAGCAAUGCAGUCGGGUCACUCCAGUCUGAGCCAUCAGCAAUACCCAGAGUGUCCAGUCAAUGAGUGGAGCAACACGAAUUCCAUCACCUGCAGUGCUAAUAACAACUGCCUGACAGGAAAUGCAAAGAACCAGAAGAGCCAGUCUGGGGAAAAUAAUCAAAAGUUAAUGGACCAAGACAAACAGCUGUCUUUUGAACAGCUGUCGGUUUGUUGUCUGGACAGCUGGAGUUGCACUGACUGCACCCCGCUGACUGCAACUCACAAAAACAUGAAGGUGAUACUUCAAGCUUCAAUUGCUCCAUUGGCUCACAGCUGUGUAUUCUCAGUGGUAAACCCACUAGCAUCCAGCAUAACAUCAAGCAUUACGUCCAGCUUGGCCUCCAGUAUUGGAUCUGACAGCUCAUCACCCACCACUUUAUCAACCAUGAAUGCAAAAGCCACACCUUUCUAUCCAGGCAGCAAUACCGUGGAGUCAGUUAUAGGAUCUGCACUUGACUUAAAUUUUAGUGACAUCAACGUUGCCUCCCUCGACAAAGAUCUAGAGGACCAAGACAACAAUGGCCUUGGUUUAACAAGUCAGAGGUUAUUUGGAGGCUCUGCUCCUGUCAAUAUUCCUGGAUCUCUGGCUCGGUCUUCCUCUCUGCAUUCCUCAUCCUCUCUCUCCGCCUCCCCACUUGGCUCUCUGUCUCAUUCCCUGUCCCAGUCUCUCCUCACUGGAAUGACCUCCCAGCAGAGCCAGCCACAGGCGCCGCAUGUUAAAACAGAGCAUGGCCUUCUAGAAACGCCUACGUCUACGCAGAACUCCUUAGGUCUGAAUGGUGGUGCAGGGGGUAUAUGGGACUUCAUGAGUGGCAGCUUCUCUCCCAGCCCAUCUCCAGUGUUCAGCAGCCUUUCUUCCAGUACAGUCGGCUCCAGCAGUGCAGACAUCGGCCGACUCUUCCGAGAACUGGAUGAGGCCAAGCGCAAGAUAAAGCAAUGGGAGGAUGCCUGGCACCAAGUUAAACAGGCCUGUGAAGCAUGGCAAAAAGACGCUCACAAUGCGAAAGAACAAGUGAAAUCUGCGGAGGCGGAGCGACAGCUGGUGGAACAGAAGCGAGAGGACACAGAGCGAAAGCUGAAGGAACUGCUGGUAGACUUUGACGUUUUGUGUCGCUCCACCAAUACGCCUCUUCUGCGCAGCUACGGGGAGCUGGACCAGCUCCCCCUGCCAAAGCUCCGAUCCAUUCAGAGCCAGCUGCGAUCUGACCUAGACGUAAUAGACGGGGUAAUAUAUCAGCUUCAGUCAAAGAAAUGUGUUGUUUGCCAAAAGCAUGAUCGUUCCAUUGUCCUGCAGCCUUGCCAACAUUAUGUACUUUGUCAAAACUGUGCGUCUGUUAAAACGGAAUGCCCUUACUGUAAGACAAAAAUAUUGAAGUGGUGAUGUACAGCAAUUCGAGGUACUUCUUUCAUGAUCUAGCCCUUUGAAGAACUACUAAUACAUAUUAUGCUUACUGUUUCUAAAUAUAAUUUUUUUGUGUUUCAGUUUUUCAUAUAUAGUGAUUAAAUUGAUUAGUUUUAUUAGAAUCUAAUAAGUGGUGUUUGACUGACACAAAGCAAAUACUUAAAUGCAAUACCUGUUUUGUACAAGCUAGAUUAUUCAUUUUCUUAAAAUAUUAAACAAUUUCCCUUGGUUACCACUGAUUUGACUGUUAGCGGGAAAAAAAAUCAGCCAGACAUCAUAUUUGCUACUAGUUGUGUGGAGAGGAUUCAUUUCUUUUUAAAAGCACUUUUGUUGAUUUGGAAAAUUUGUAGAAAUUUUAGUUUUAAGCUGCUUUGUACCUUUUUGGUUAUUUUUAUUUUCUUACAUUUAUAUUUUGCCCAAAUACGCUAAAGUAUGAAGCUUUUGUGUGUACUGUGAAACCUUAUAGAAUAUUUCAUUUUUCUUAAUGUUAAAUCAUGGUAUCGUGUAUAUGUCUUGUUAGUUUUCAUAGAAAAUAGUACUAAGUAGUUACUUUCAUUGUUACUUACAUUUUUCAAUCAAAUAAGUGCAAACUUUAAAUGCAUUUUAGGCAUAACCAGCAGCUGUAAUAUCAGUAAGGCACAUACUGUAUGCUAAAGCAUUUAGUAAAUCAGUUUUUCUGUCUUAUAGCAACGGUUUAGAUAUAUAUUACAUAGUUGUUAGAUGAGCACGUGUGUUCUGAAGUCCUCAGUAACACAGUAUUUUUUUUUUUUCUUUUUGGUUACUUUUUUUGGACUUUAGCCUUUCAGAUAUGUUAGAAGAUAUCUGAUUGCAGACCACUCCCUCUUAAGUGCCUUGCCUUAAAAAUAUUUGAAGCAUCUUUAAGGAGCUUAGGAUUGUAGUACAAAACCAUAAGUGUAGUCGUUGCUUGUGCAAAUUGUGUAUUUUUCAGUAGUACCGUAUGACGUACAUACAUUAUUGGAGCAUAUAUUGGCCCAAUUUAAUAUUUAAGUAUUUCCCAGAGGUUUCAUCUUCGUCAGUGCCUGAGCCCUGACAUUCAGCUAAAGUAUCAUUCCCUCUUUCAUCAUUAACAAUGGUGCUUUUGGGGUGCAGCUUCAUUAUCCUUAGAAAUGUUGAAUCAUCCUUAAUUUAAAUGUGUAGGGAUAUUCAGAUCAGGAAAUGUAUGUAUUUCUUUGAUUGCAAAACUAAACUGGCUUAGUAAAUUAUUAUUAUAAUUUUUUUAGAAAUGUUUAGAAUUGUAGGGCUCUGUAGUGUUUACAGUCAGAAAUCAUCAGUGUUUUUUUUUUUCUAUCCAAAUUCGACAGUGUAAUGUGCUUAGGUAAUUUAAUUGAAAUGACCUGCUACUGUGUUAUCUGAAAACUUUGUUUCCUUUUUUUUUCUUGUUCCUUUCAUAUUUACAGCAAUAAGUUUGUGCAGUAAAUGGUCAGGUACAACAAGGUUGAAGUUUAAUUUAGUUUCUUUUAAAAUUGGGAUAAACGGUUUACUUCAAAAGGGAUGUUAUUGAUGAUCUACUUGUCUAGACUCUUGUGUUUAAUUUCAGCUUCACGAGAAACAGACAGUGUUUAUAUUAUUUCUCUUUGUUUCUUGCUUUCAUAUCUAAAUCAGCAAGGUCUGUAUGUAGCUCAUGUUCUUAAGAUGUGGGCUGAUUUGUCAUAGAAAAGCUGCAUGUGUCAGUGUGUACAUUUUGUUAACCAGCUGAAGCUCUAAAUUACACUGCCACAUGUGUUUGUGAUGAGCAGACCUACCCAUCACAGUCCAUAGUAUUCAAAAAUAUUUUUGUACAGUGCUUCAAAUGCACUGACUACGUGCUUAUCUUUUCUAGUACGAUUAGCGAAGCCGUGUUCUUUGUUUUUUGUGUGUUUUUUUUUUUCUCUCUUUUGUACGGUUAAUGAUGUAGGUAGGUUGUAAACAUUUGUACCGGAUCAAAGUAGCUCUGGGUAUUGGGAUGUUUCCAACACACAAGUGUUCAAGAUCUUUGCGGAUAUGUCGCUUUGUUGAGGGAUUAUGUCCACUUGUUUAGUUGUCGGACCAUAACGUAGAGUUUUGUUUAACUAAAAAAUGGGUUUGAAAUAUUUGGGACCUCAUAUAUCAUAUGUUUCUGAAACAAAGUGGGUAAAUCAAAUGUGGACUUUACUCAAACCAAAGUGGUAUUGUAGUUUAUAUUUGUUUCAAAGCUCAAAUGAAGUGGUGUUCAAUUACUAUGUCAGUUUUUCAAUGUUUAAUUGGACAGGACAACUAUGCCAACUGCUUCUGCUGACAAUAUUAAUAGACUGAAAGCCCAUUUUUGUAUUUUUUACCAAAGACCUUUUAAUGUUUUUCUUUUUCUCUUUCUUCUCAACUUUAUAACUGCAUUUUUAUUUUAGCAUUCUGAGGAAAUAGUUAGAAAUAGAAAAAUGACCAGAUCUAGUACUUAUUUACAUAAUAUGUAAGGAAAGGAAAGGAAUCAUAAUCCUUUUUUUUUCUCCUUUUUUAAAAAAUAUAUACAUAUAUAUAUUUUUUCAGUUCCUCAGUGAAAAUGAUCACAUAGUAUUGAAUUGGCUGUAAUCCACAGUGAAGGAAUGUCCUAGUAAUGAAUGAAUAUUUGUGUUAAUAUUCUUAAGUGACCAUAUGGAUUAGUGCUUAUUUGAAUUUUAUAUUAUUUCUUUUUAUACUAUUAGUACUUAAUCAUACAGCUCUCAAAUUAGUGGUUGUGCACUACAUGUAUGCUGUCAGGAAUUUAAGAGUUUAAUUGGAACGUAAGGUGAUUUCAUUCGUUUCAAUUUGACUGUUUGUUUUUCUGUAUGUUUAUUUGGAGAUUUUUUUUUUUAACCUUGAAGUGAAGUCUAUUGUUGUAUUGUCAAAUGUUGUCUACUAUUUCUUUGUAGAACACAUAUUUGAUUGUGAUGUAAAAUGAGUCCCCUUUCUUGUGCUAGUUGAAAUGGUUGAAACAGACAGUGGGUCACAUUUAUGAAAAAAAUAAAAUAAAAAAAAUAUUUUGUAGCCUUAAACCACACUUUAUUUGGCCUAGUUAAGUUCAUUUGUUUUAUAUAUGUUUUUAUUUAUUUAUUUUUAAUUUUUUAAAUAUAAGGUUGUCAGACACUUGAACAGUCAUGCUGCUUAUUAAUAUUAUUGUUAAUCUUUGAAAGGAUUAAGUCUUUUUGGAACAAAUUUGUGCCUUUUAUUAAAACAUAUUGAAAGUAUUUUAAUUGAACAAAUGGGUAGUUCAAGCUUACAACAUGAGCCGAAUUUUAGUGCCUUGGGACAUUUUAACCUGCAUUUCUUAAUGCACGAGAAUCUUGCCACAGAUUUCUACAGACUUUACCAGUGUAUUAAAAAAAAUGUUUCUUUUCCUUUAAACUUUUGGCUUUGAGUAAUAUAAAAUUGAUUUAAUAAAUAUAACAGUAGGUUGAUGCAUUACAGUUAUGUCAGUUAUGAGCAACACUUAAGAUUCUCUACCAAGGACAUGUUAAAAAUAGCAGCACAUUUGAACAGAUUGUGAAGUAUGACUACAUUUUUUUAUUAUUAAAUAAUAAUUAAUCGUAAAUUUGGGCUUCCAAUUAAUUUUCUGUUAUAUUAUUGGUUUUCUAAAAAGUGAUUUUCAGUCCCAUAAAAAUCUGUAUUAAUUCAAACAGCAUAUUUUUGUGUAAUCUCUUAGUCACAUGAAUCUUAGCAGAUACCAGAGGUACAUUUAUACAGUUUCCCACCUAAAACCCCUCUGUCUGCAUCAGCCAAUAUCAACUAUAAUCAUUAACACAAAUGACCAUUCAGUUUCAAUGUAUUGUGUUUCAUGAAAGACCAGGUAUCUGCAAUUAAAAAGGCACUGAGGACAGUGUCUUUUUGUUUAACAAUUUUUAAAUGAACUGUAUUGGAAAUUUACCACAAUGCUCUGCAGUGGAAAUAAUCAUCCUUUUUUUUCUUUCUUUCGAAUUCUUGUGGUUUCUUUUUUUUUUUUUUUGGUUUCUCUAAUAUUGUUAUCUAUCAGUAGUGUGAUUUAUGCAAUCUUGUGUAUAUACAUAUUAAAUAUGUAACUGGUUACAUUUAUCAAACUAGCCAGGGAAAUUACCUAUUACAACCGUAAACUUUUAAUAAAGUCUAAAACAAAUAAUUUAAAAAAAUAAAUAAAAAAAAAGCCAACUUUGGAACCACUGUUCCUUAUAUUUAAUGUUACAGUUAAUCAACAUAAAUCCCUGAAUAUUGAAUGUACCAUUCAAAAUAGAUAUAAAAUGAAUCACUGGAAUAACAUGGAGGAUAGUUCAUUGAUAAUGAUGCAGCACUAGUUUUGUGAAUUGCGAUACAUUACAAAUAAAUUUAUAAGUUAAACACAAUUGCAGUUUUCAAUUUUGCAUAUUUAUUAUCGUAACAAUUUAAUGGAGAUAUGAGAUGUAUUUUUUUCUCAGGGUUUUAUAGGAGAGUUAGAAUAGAAAGAGACGUCCAAUUUUUAAAGGAAACUGCAACUCUGAGAAGUCAAAAUGAGGAAAACAUUUAUAUUAUGAGAGAAACAUAUCCCUUAUUUUGGUACAGUAUGCAUCAAUAUAAAGAACUGCUUGUAUUCUAAUUAGUGUUGAAAUACUAUACAAUUUGCUGUCAAUAUAAUACUUUGUGUAUGUGUUGUCAACACAAGACCUUAAACUUUUACUGGGAGUUGUGUGUUUAAGUUAUGGAGGCUUCUUUAUGGAACAGUUGUGCGCUUUGAUGGCGUAUAAGGCCAGAGAGGUUUUUCUUCACUAGAAUUACUUAAGAUGGUGUUAUUUAUAAUGCAUAAUCUUUUUUUUGUAGUGUAUCAUUUCAAAUUGUUAACACUUGUCUACACUACAGCAGUUAUGCAAUGGUUUACAGAAUUCAUGGAAUUAUUUUUAUCAUCUUGGGAAUUAAAUAAUGUUUGAUCUUUA